AUGGCUGCUCUAAUCAAGGCUGCGAACGCCAAGAUCCGGUCAAACCCGGUGACUGACUAUGUUUGCUCAACCCACUUUUGGGGCCCUGUCUCCAACUUUGGUAUCCCUCUCGCGGCCAUCAUGGACACGCAGAAGAGCCCUGAAUUGAUCUCGGGACAGAUGACUGGUGCUCUCAUCAUCUACGCCGGUACUUUCAUGCGAUACUCACUGGCUGUCACACCCAAGAACUACCUCCUAUUUGCCUGCCACUUUGUCAACGCUGGUGCCCAGCUCACCCAAGGGUACCGAUAUCUUAACUACCAUUACUGGGGCGGAAAGGAGAAUAUGCCCAAGGAGCAGCUGGCACACGCUGCCGAGGCUGUCAAGGGAAAGGUUGAGAAGGCCACGGAGAAGGUUCAGAAUGCUGUCAGCAAAUAA